AUGGUGCCAAACAGCGAACGAGCAGAGUUUAUUAAAUUGGACACAAGAGCACCUGCACGAAAAAUUGUGGCAGAGAUUAGCGAUAGCGAAGAAGAAGACGACGAGGAUUUGGAUUUCAGACAAGUUUCCGAUUUCCGGCCGACGCUCACUCAAAGGCAAAUGGUUUUUCGAAUAAUUCUCAUCGCCCUCUUGUACUAUCCACUAUCCAUUGGCCUCACAUUUUAUCAAAAAUGGUUUAUUAAAACAUACAAAUUGCCAUUGCUUGUUGUUAGUGGUCACUAUGUUAUCAAAUAUCUUCUCGCGAUUGUCAUUCGAUUUGUAUAUGAAUGUAUUUGGAGUACUAGAAUGAGAGUUUCGUUCAGUGAUCAACUUAGAUGGUUAGCUCCAAUUGGAAUCACUGCUUCAAUGGAUAUUGGAUUGUCAAACUGGGCUCUUGAAUACGUAACCGUUAGCCUUUACACUAUGGCCAAAUCGUCUUCAAUUCUCUUUAUUGUCGCCUUUUCUUUGCUGUUAAGGCUCGAAAGAUGGCGCGCUUCUUUAGGCCUCGAAGCGGGUCUCAUCGCUUGUGGUUUGUUUCUGUUCACAUGGAGAUCGUCUCAACUUGACGUCAAUGGUUUAUUCUUGGUCGAACUCGCUGCGGCAUGCACCGGAAUUCGGUGGACAGUCUCUCAAUUGGUGAUGCAAAAGGAGGAUUCGGCGGUUCGACAUCCACUCGACAUGGUUGCUCAUGUUCAGCCAUGGAUGAUGAUUCCGAUUCUUCCGAUGGUCUGGGCAUUUGAAGGUGCUGAGAUCAAUUGGAAAUCAGUAUUCUCCUACAACGGUCAAUAUGAUCCAUGGCUUGUUGUCAGUCUGAUUUUUGGCGGAGGAUUUCUCGCAUUUUGCAUGGAACUCAGCGAGUACCUUCUUCUUGUAAAUACUUCUGGAAUUACCCUAAACAUUUUUGGAAUUGUCAAGGAAGUUGCAACCCUCCUUCUAGCUCAUAUUUUAAAUAAUGACACAUUAUCAGAGAUCAAUAUUGUUGGUUUGAUCCUUUGCCUAAUUGGGAUGCUAAUCCACGGCAUGAAUAAGCGAAGAUAUAGACCGCUUAACCGAAAGCCCGUCGCUACCGACGACGAAUUUGCAUUGCUAACCAAAUCUGCUUAA